AUGAACGCUUGUGAAUCUAUUGAGACUGAAAUACUCUUUCUCGUAGUGUGUUUCAGAAAUUUUUGUACUUGCAAAAGUGGGUUAAUCCUCCCGCUAUUUAAUCCUUUUGAAACAGGAAGCGGGCAGCAGUCAGUGACAGGAGUCGAAGCUUCAGAUGAUGCCAACAGUUACUGGCGGAUUCGUGGGAAAAGCGAUGGCAGCUGCCAGCGAGGAACACCGGUGAAAUGUGGGCAAGCUGUACGGCUCACCCACGUUAACACGGGAAAAAACCUGCACACUCAUCACUUCCCAUCACCACUCUCCAAUAACCAAGAAGUAAGUGCCUUUGGUGAUGAUGGUGAAGGAGAUGACCUGGAUAUAUGGAUUGUGCAGUGCAGUGGGACACACUGGGAGCGGGAUGAUGCCGUGCGCUUCAAACACGUAGGAACUGACGUGUUCCUUUCAAUAACUGGGGAGCAGUAUGGGCAUCCGAUUAGAGGCCAACGGGAAGUUCAUGGCAUGGCUGCUCCUAAUCACCACAACUAUUGGAAAGCAAUGGAAGGAAUUUUCAUCAAACCCAGUAUGGACCCUGCAAAACACGAUGAGCUCUGAAUUGGUCAGAGGAUCCAAAAUGCUUCUGUUUACUCCAAUGUUGGGAGAUGCUAAUCCUUGGUCUCUUAUAAGUCCUGCCUUGUCUAGGUGACUGACUUUCUGUAUUACUGAAGGGCAUUAGUUCGUUCUAGGAAUGCAGCACUUCUGUGAGGAAUGGCAUCUGCCAGGAUUAGACACUGAAAGUUGGCAAAAUCCUCCCUGAAUUUUCGACUUUAGUUGUUGAAAUUAGUCCAUGUUUCUGUUAGUUUUCACUGUAAUUUGUUUUACUUGU